AUGGGUGCAGAUGCUUUUGAAGUGCUGGCGGAGAGCUAUGAAUUCAACAACAUGGAGGGUCCAUGUCUGGCUUUCAGGAGAGCUACGUCUGUUCUGAAGAGUCUGCCCUGGGCGGUGCGGUGCCUGGGGGCUACCCAGGACCUGCCCUGCUUAGGGCAGCACACCAAGAAAGUGAUUGAGGAGGUCCUCCAAUGUGGCCGUUCGUUUGAAGUCGAGGAAUUGCUCUCUGAUGAAAGGUAUCAGACUUUUAAGCUGUUCACAAGUGUGUUUGGGGUUGGACCGAAGACGGCUGAGAAGUGGUUCUGCAGAGGGCUGCGCUCAUUCAGUGACAUUCUGACAGACCACAGCAUUCAUCUGAACCGGAUGCAACAAAGUGGUUUCCUGCAUCAUGGAGACAUCUCCAGGGCUGUCAGUGCAGCCGAGGCCCGGUCCCUGAGGCGCGUUAUUGACGGAGCUGUCCACUGCGUCACGCCGGCCGCCACAGUCGCUCUGACAGGUGGCUUUCACAGUGGGAUGUCACGCCAUGUUCCCCAGGGUGCAUUUGAUCUGACUCACCCUCACAGCCCUGGCAGCACGUUGUCUCUCAUAAAGACCCAACACAGUCUACUCAUGCACUUUGGUAGCGGCUAA